AUGUUGGGGUUGAUAGGCUAUGGAAACCACCUGCCGGCCAAACAAAUUGUUAGAUCAGACUUCUCCACCAAUCCAGACACCCCCACCCACCAUCGUUGCCUACCAAUAAACCACUUUCACUACAGACGCACCGAGGUUGGCAUGCCUAAAGCCCAAAAUGUGUUCGUCACCAUUGCUGAGUCCCGAUUCUGUCUAACUUCCUCAACUGUUGCCAACCGCACCCCAGACAUAGAUCAGAUUACGUGUCCCGCCCAACCUCGGUACUUUGUCGCCUACGUACCUUCAUCUCUGGGGCUCUACAUGCAUCUUUAG